GGCUCGGCCGCAGUAAAGUGAUGAGAAGACGCCAAACAAGGUGGAAUGAGCGCGCGCUGACUUUUACCUCCCCCGCCGCUGCCCCCCCGUCUCUCAUGCUCAGAUCAGAGUGAGCGCGAUGGCCGUGGAAGCUGUUCACUGCAACCUGAGCCAGAAUGGCAUCGACCACCAGAUGUGUCCCGAGGACCUGACGUCGCAGCUGGAGGAGGACGAGGAGUCGGUGGACGCGGCGCCGGCGCUGCUGGACGACGACAGCCCCACGUACCGGGACGUCAGCCCGCCCAUGUACCACCGCCGCUCGCCGCCGCAGCGAUCCGUGUCCGAGUCUGAGCUGACCCGGCCGGGAUACGUGAAGCUGUCCAAGCCGGUGGCGCUGUGGACCCAGCAGGACGUGUGCAAAUGGCUGAAGAAGCACUGUCCCAACCAGCACCAGAUCUACAGCGACUCCUUCAAGCAGCACGAUAUCACAGGGCGGGCUCUGAUGAGACUGACGGACAGGAAGCUGGAGCGGAUGGGCAUCAUGCACGACGCCCAGCGGCAGCACAUCCUGCAGCAGGUCCUGCAGCUCCGCGUCCGGGAGGAGGUCAGGACCCUGCAGCUGCUCACACAAGCCUCUCUGGAGUGCAGUCCGUCUUCGCCGUAGCGCGACGCAGCGGGACAAACCGUGGAUCACGUCGCUCGGACUUCCUCCCGGACCGACCACCGCUCUCCUCCGUCUCACACCUCCGCUCCUCCACCUCUCCAAAGAUCCCCACUCAGAAACACAGACUUCUAAAAAAAAUCAGCUGGAUGCGUUUUUUCCCAGCCGCUCCUGAAAGACUCCCACCGUCGUUUCCACUCCGGGCCUCCGGUCUCUGCUCGACCUGGAACUCCGUCUCUCUCUCUCUCUCUGUCUCCGCUCAUCCCUGGACGGCGCUCGUAUUUACAGUGUAACUCUUCAUUCUGUAACAUAAUAGCGCAUGUUAGCGCCGCCAUCGUAGCACUUUACCGUGGUCUUCCUCCCCCCUGGACCCUCCUGGCGUUUCAAGACGUCCCCUCUGUCCCUCUGUCCACGGCAGGACGCUCCACACACCCGCCGCCGCCACCUGUGUGUGUGUCUGUGCUCCUCUUUGGCUUCCGUUGUGUGUGUGUGUGUUGGAACUCUUCCCCCUCGUCGUGCAGUGUGCCGCGGUCUGAGAGCGGCUCGCCGUGGAAACCCGUGGUUAGCGGCGCGGCGUUCGGGACGGUUAAGUUUUCUCCCUCGCUGUUGUGAAAAACAAUCCGAAGGAGACGAAGCAGAACCAUAGAAAACACGGGAUGAACUGCGAGGAGGAAAUUCCCUCUUUCCGUAAACUAAUUUGGCAACUCAAGAGGGCAGCGGGAAAACAGAAAGAAGGGGAGGGCGACGCAGGAAGGGCUCCCUGAACCAGGAGACGCUUUUAAUGAGGAGCGAAAACCGAGAGAAGACGUCACAGAUCACAGAGGAAGAGCCCUCUCCAUUCCCCCGACCCCUCGUCUGCUUCCCAUCCCGCCGCUUCAGACUAUUUUUAGAUGAAACGUCUUGAAAGCCGUGUGUAAAGCAGACGUGACGCUCGUCACAGAAACGCUGCGUGUCAGUCAUUUUUAGGAAUCCUCGCCGUCGUGUCCUGAUAGGAGGCUGGGAUGUGAAUAACGGCCGCUCACUGUUGAUGUUGUAGCACCUAUAAAAGCACAUGUGUCUGUAACGAAGCAGCUGCGGCCCGGGCCGCCGUCAUCCUCUCCUCUGUAAAUACACGAUGCAAACAAACCCCGUAGCGGAGCGGCGGCCUCUCGGCGUCAGCUGCUCCUUCUCUCCACGCCGGACUGAUAUUUAUCAAAAGCUCAUAUCCAGGCUGCUGUGGCGGGAGCCGUUGUCACGGUAACAACAUCUUUUCUUUCCUGUCAGUCAGAGGAGCAUAAAAUAGCUGCUGCCGGUGGGAGGAGGGGGAGGACCCGGGGGUCAGCGGCCCCGAGUCGCGGCGUUUUAAUGGGAUUCCGUUUGAGCGGCGCUCCCUCGGCGUCCAGACGUCCACCGUUUGGACGGCGGCCGCGUCCUGAAGCGGCUCGGACCGGAGAGCUGAUUGAAUAGUAUUGAUCAGCUCUUCGGGACGAACAGCCGGUCCUCCAGGAGUCCAGACAUCUGGGGGACUGUGUGUGUGUGUGUGCGUGUGUGUGUGUGUGUGUGUGUGUGUGCGUGCGCGUGCGCGUGUGCGUGUGCGUGAUG